UUGUAAUACGUUCUUGCUGCUAUGUUUUUUGAACAGAGGAUUUGGACGUGUUUUCAGGGAUUUUCGUCUUGUCGGGCACUCGUUUGCCAUAGGCGGUAGAUGCAGCGACGCCCAUUAAUAAGGAUGGCAGUGUACAUUCCAUAAAACGAACUCUCUCGACGAGUACGUUACGUCUCUUCUCCAACGAAGCGUUUCUCUUCUCGUAACUCUUCAACAUUUGUCUCCAAUAACUCGUUUUAUUGAUAUUGAUUUCACUUGCAGAUCUAUCUAUAUUGGUAUUCGACGCGGCGGCUGUUGAUGUUCUUGAAAAAUCAGCCAUCGUUCACAGAAAAUUUUGACAAGCUGAGACUAGGUUACUAGACGAACGUUAGACUUACAUCGUGAAGUGUCUUCCGUUAACUAUUAACAUCGCAGAUAAAAAUCCUUCAAAUUUCGAGUCACGAUGGCGCCGGUAUACGCACCGAAAGAGACAUAGCGGUACGAAAUGACAAGUGACAUGGCGAUAUAAAGUGAAAAUGGCUCGACAUUAUCGGGACUCGUCGGAAUCGUCCGUGUUACCGUCGCGCCGUUAUUACUUCAGAUUAGACCGAAUUUAUUUAAAUUAAACACGAUGGAAGUGAUAGGCGAUGCGAAAGAUGUCGCAAGACUUCGUCCUCUUGCCAUCGCGAUUCCAUCGAAGCAAGGUAUUGUGCUGAUGGGUCGCGAUUCUUCGCCAGGCACUACGAAUUCGCGAUCCGAAAUGCCCCUUUGUCCUGCAUAUCGCUUAUGCAAAGAGUCGAGAGGGCCUUAUCGUCCGCCCAUGCUUGAUACCGAACAUGAUCAGCAAAUCACGAUGCUCCAUGAUUUAUUGCAAGCAAUCAAGGAAGCUGCGUUAAGAUUGAUACAAUUAAUCACGAGCGUAGAAGUGCGACGGAGGAAAGACGCAGAUCCUCGAAUGCACAAUCCUGAUUCAGGACGAUACGAGAGUAGUCAACCGCGUAGUCCUGGAUCUGAAUUAAUCGCGACUACGUCCUCCUCGGUUUGUGCACUCUGUGGCGUGUCGCUUCACCUGGAGGAUUCUUCGAAGGAAUCGAGGCGAUUCGUGAUCGAUACAGAAAGAAGUGAUGAUUACAGUCACGACAUCUCAUCGAAACAUCUUGAUUUUGAUAAUAUUUUGAAAACGAUCUAUGAAAUUUCUCUGGCUGCCGAAAAGCAUAAAAAAGGCGAUAAUCUUUCUAUUCCUGGAAGUGUAUUAGACUAUUUUUUUUCCAAAGAGAAUGAUAGCAUUGACAUGCGCGCGAAAGGACAAGAGAAAAAAAUCUCUUCAAAAACCCAAUCGACUGAUACAAGUGAGAACGGAUUAAAGUUGUUGUUUGUACAACAAGCACCUUCCGACAGAACCACGAGUCAAAUACGUCAAGAUGAGCCUCAGCGGAAGUAUGACAGUGCAAAACAAGUGCCGAAAUACGUUAGACGGAUGAAGAGAUAACAGGUACUAUUUAUAAGCAAUCAUUGUUGUUUAUGUGAAAUAGCUAACAAACGCAAAAAUAAAAUCAAUGAAUCGUCA